AUGCCGCGCUCUCGCCGCCGCUACUCGUCUUCCUCGUCAGACGAGUCGUUGUCAAAGGAGAAGGUUCGCUCGCUCGGCAAGCGGUGGGACGACUUUCCGCCGCGGUACGACGACAGCGACGACUCGACCGACUACUCGUCGGACGACUCGACAGCCCCGCCACGACGCCCGCCUCGCGCUGCCGCCGACGAGCCUCUCUCGCCCGACCGGCAGCAGACCAAGAGCAGCCUCGUCCUCUUUGGCGGCAUCGCCGUCGCCAUCCUCCUCGUACUCCUCGGUGCGUUCGCCCUCUACAAGUACUUCUACGCCGGCACCGAGUCGCCCGGGACGGGCAGUGGGAGCGGCGGGACGACGAGCGCCAAGGUGGUCACGGUGACGCAGACGCUGUCGGGCGGCGUCGUGACGACGACCGUGUCGACCGAGGCGGCGCAGGCGACGGGAGGGGGCAGUAGUGGAGGGUCUUCGAGCGGCGACGACUCGUCGAGCGAGACCGGGAGCAGCUCGUCGGGCGUGAUCGCGACCAAGCAGCCGGGACUCGCACGAAACAACAUCGGCAUCGGCUUCCUCCCCGACUAUAAAAACCAGGACAUGGCCAAGAUCAACGCCGGGCUUGGCAUCAAGUCGUCGUACUAUGGCUGGUACGCGCAGCUGCCGGCGUCGGGCGAGUGGCACGGCAGCCAGCUCCUGAGCCAGCUCGACGACGUCAAGGCGUGCAGGUGCAUCUUCCAGCCGGCCGUCAUGCCGACCAAGGGCUGGAGCGGCUUGACCAAGGACGACAACUCGCAGGCGCUCGCUAUCGCAAAGGUCAUGAAGAAGUUCACCGACGAGGGCAUCGAGGUCUGGCUCCGCUUCGCGCACGAGAUCAACUGGUACCUGUCCGAUGGCACCUACCAGGGCACGGUCGAGGACUUCAAGGAGGCGUGGCCCGUCGUCGCCGCCGCCGUCGCCGACAACCCGCUCGUGCGCAUGUUCUUCACGCCCAACGUCGCCGGUGGCGGCGUGUCCGACUACGAGAAGUACUUCCCCGACGACCUGUCGACGGUGCACUACCUCGGCCUUGAUUACUAUCCUCGAUCGUCCCCUUCCUCGUCAUCGUCCGAGGGCUUCCUCAACCACGUCCAAGACAUGUACGACAAGUGGUGCGCCGACGGCAAGAUCAAGUUUGCCAUGGGCGAGACGGGCACGAUGUGGGUCGCGAGCGUCGAGGAGCGCCUCGCGUGGCUCGACGAGUUGACGAGCGAGGCGACGGCAAAGGCCAUGCCACACUACGUCGGCAUCACCUGGUUCAACUACGACAAGGAGCAAGUGUUCUACCUGUACGACGCCGACAAGGAAGAGACUGUAUCGGCGACCAAGGCGUGGAUCGCGAGCGAGGGAACGGUGGCUGAGGGUGCGGCGAUGGGCAAUGCGUAGAGCGGCGGGCCUGAGCGGCUCCUGUAUCAUGGACAUUCUCCUUCUUCUCUC